AUGGCGAGAAGGGAUCAUCCAGAGACCAAGCUUCUUGUGCUUGGAUGGAGGAAAUGUAGUGUGAUCCGAGAGAUGAGUGCGAACCAGUCUUCCUCGCCAUGGUGCUUCCACGCUGGGAAGAAGGGAUCUUUACGUUCGACACUAUGCAACUUAUGUGGCUUCACAGCUGGAGAGCUGCAGUUUAGUACUGCAUGCAAGAACAGUCUUUGCGAUGUACACAUUGAGAUAUUUGGCGAGGUCGCAAGCACUCUAAUGUGCAGAGAGCCUGACUACAAGACUAUGCACUCCGAGAUGACCAGAAACUACACUUGUGAAAAAAACAUUUACGGCACUUUUUAUACUAUUCCGUGGCACUCAAUUCAAAGAAACCAAAACAUUAAGAGAAGCAUCCAAGCUCUAAAAGGUACAACAACCUUUACUAGAUUAGUGUAUCUCAGAGUAUUCCCAAAGACUAAACCGCAAGAUAUACCGAGCUAUGAAGAAGCUCGGUAUAUCUUGCGGUUUAGUCUUUGGGAAUAG